GUGGAAUCCUAGCAGCAGCCAAUCGGCGGCGGACACGGCGGAAGGUGAGAGUGUAGCUCCGUAGUGCUGAGCCGAAGUCAGACAGAUAGUCCGCACACUGAGCCGAGGAGGAGACGAGACGGGACCAUGGCCAGGAUUCUGCCGGUUGCAGUCGUUUGCGUGCUCUUCGCCGCAGCGCAGGGCGUCUACUCUCCCAGCGAUGAUGUCGUGACGUUAACACCCUCAAAUUUCAACAGAGAAGUUCUGCAGAGCGAUAGCUUGUGGCUGGUGGAGUUCUACGCUCCCUGGUGCGGCCAUUGUCAGAGACUGACCCCUGAAUGGAAGAAAGCUGCGACUGCUUUGAAGGGAAUAGUGAAGGUGGGAGCCGUGGACUGCGAUCAGCACAAGGCGUUGGGUGGUCAGUUUGAGAUACGAGGGUACCCUACAAUCAAGGUAUUUGGAGCAAACAAGAACAAGCCGGAGGAAUAUCAAGGAGGAAGAACGAGUGACUCCAUAGUUGAUACUGCAUUAAAUGCUAUCCGGUCUCUGGUGAAGGACAGGCUUGGUGGAAGAGGAGGAGGAGGAGGAGGUGGUGGUGGCGGCAGUGAUUCCGCAAGAGAGCAAAGAACAACUGGCGGCAAGAAGGAGGUCAUUGAACUGACCGAUGACAAUUUCGACAAACUAGUGUUGGACAGUGAAGAUGUUUGGUUUGUUGAGUUCUUCGCUCCAUGGUGCGGCCACUGUAAGAACCUGGAGCCCGAGUGGGCAGCGGCCGCCAAUGAAGUUGCUGAACAAACCAAAGGCAAAGUUAAACUGGGUGCCGUUGAUGCCACCGUACACCAAGGACUGUCCAGCCGUUACGGGAUCAGAGGAUUUCCUACCAUUAAAAUCUUCCAGAAGGGAGAGAGCCCUGUUGACUAUGAAGGUGGACGGACAAAGGCUGACAUUGUGGCUCGGGCUCUUGACUUGUUCUCGGCGAACGCACCUCCCCCCGAGAUCCUUGAGAUCCUGAAUGAAGACAUUGUGAAGAAGACCUGCGAGGAACACCAGCUCUGCAUAGUAGCCGUCCUGCCUCAUAUCCUCGACACAGGGGCAUCUGGAAGGAAUGCCUAUCUGGACGUCAUGCUAAAAAUGGCCGACAAGUACAAGAAGAAGAUGUGGGGGUGGCUCUGGACUGAGGCCGGUGCACAGCUGGAUCUGGAGACCUCCCUUGGUAUCGGUGGCUUCGGUUACCCAGCCAUGGCUGCUGUGAAUGCACGGAAGAUGAAGUUUGCGCUACUGAAGGGCUCUUUUAGUGAGCAGGGAAUCAAUGAGUUCUUACGAGAGUUGUCAUUUGGCCGCGGUUCCACCUCACCCGUUACUGGUGCUGUUAUUCCCAAGAUUAACACAGUUGAGGCUUGGGAUGGCAAGGAUGGAGAGCUGCCGGUAGAAGACGACAUUGAUCUCAGUGAUGUGGAACUUGAUGACAUUGAAAAGGACGAACUGUGAAAAGAAGAAGCACAUACCUCCUUGUUGGAUUGUUACAUCCUUCUUCUUGGAGGAACUUUUCAGCUGGUGGACAUCACUUGUCCAGAAUGCCAGGGUGGUGGUAGCAAUGACUUGUUUAUCUGUAAUCUGAGGCAUAGAUGUGCAUCUUAAGAGAAGGAUUUCAAUGACACAAUGGACAGUUCCUCCCGGGAGAACUCUAAAAAAAAAAUUCUAUGAAUUGUUGUAACCGUGAUGAGUUCUAUUGUUUGCUCUUUAGAUUUUGCUGGAAACUGAUGUUUUAGGAUUUUCCCCCUUCUUUUUUUUUUUUUUUUUUUUUUUUGUCUGGGGUUGGGAGGGCAUACUGAAGGAGUUACUGGUAAUGCCUCAUUUGGCUUUUUGGCCAGACCGAAGCUGUCCCCGGAAUGUUUUCUUGGCCGACACUGCGAAUAUUAUUUUGUUUAAUGUAUUUUACGUUUUUGGCAUUUUCAUUGGCAAAUUGAUCAGCUCAAUUCAAGUUCUGAAUAAAAUAUUUUUUGACAUA